UUUCGCGUUACGUAUUUUUAUUUUCGAUCGCGAGUGUCGGAUAAGUGCAAAUUAGUGAGAGUGUAAUGUACGAAUUACUUGGAUAAUUCGUACUUAUGUGUUUGGAAAAUGAUAGGAAAAAGUGUGUGAAAAGAAUAAAACGUAGAAUGCAACACAGCAGGAAGGACGUAUCAAGUUUCAUUACAAGGAGAUAAGCAGAAGACAAGGAUAGAAACAGCAAAGGAGCAAUACGGAAUACGAAGACGCUCGAAGUAUUAUCGAAUACAUGCUGGUGAAGCUAUUGACGUCUCUAUCCUCGUAGUUCCUUACGGAAAUAUGGAAAUACCUGCUGGAAAGGAAGAGGAGAAAUUCGAAGAGGGAGGAGAAUCCUAUCAAUGCUCUUGAUGACACCAUUGAACUGAUAUUCAUGCCAUUCAAAUGUGGAGCAGGGCUGACACGUGCGCGCGCGGCUGUCACGUUGGCGGGCCUGGAAUCGCAGCGAGGAAAAAAUUGACGAGCUGUGUGAACACAUCGCGUUAUCGCGUAUAUCCGCAGUGCGCGUCGUGCACGGUGCGGUUGUGCAGCGGAUGAGCGUGUCCGUCGUAUUUACGCAAACACUGGAGAGUGUCGCGAAUCCCAUCGUCGUCGUCGUCGAGCGAGAGCCUAGCGGUUGGCCUAGUCCGGAGUCGUGGGUGUUCCGGAGAUGAUCGGCGCUCGCGAGGAUCGCGAGAGGACGAGCACGACGACGAGCCGGAAGCUCUUCGCGGCGGGAAUGUGAGCGAGGAACGCGCUCCGGGAGCAUCACGUCGACCUGGCCCGAGUCGGGGCGGAAGAGACGCGUUCACGAAGAAGGUCGCGCGCUGUUGCUUUAUAUGCUGUACGCUUCACGCGUUCGCGGGAAUCGGCGAAUUCGUAGCGGCGAUGGCGGAUUUCGACGCGAUCUACGAGGAAGAGGAGGAGGAGAACGAGCAGAAUUUGGAGGAGCAUUACGUCGCGAUGGUGCCGGAUCCAAUUGUCAUCCGCGGGGCUGGCAAUAUGACGGUAUUCGGUCUCAGUAAUCGUUUUGAAUCGGAGUUUCCUAAUGGCCUCAUAUCCCGGGUGGCACCAGAAGAAUUUAAAGCAACCGUUAUGAGAAUAAAUAGUGUACUGAAAAAAACUUUACCCGUUAAUGUUAAGUGGUUAUUCUGCGGUUGUGUAUGCUGCUGCUGUACCCUAGGAUGUUCUCUGUGGCCUGUCAUUUGUUUGAGUAAAAGGACUCAACACUCAUUAAACAAAUUAUUAGAAUGGGAAAAUAGUCGGCUUUACCAUAAACUUGGAUUGCAUUGGAGAUUGGCAAAACAGAGAUGCGAUAGCUCUUCUAUGAUGGAAUACGUUCUUCUAAUUGAAUUUAUUCCAAAGAUUCCAAUCUAUAAGCCCGACUAAGUAAACAAUAUAAAGCAUAUUUAAAUUGUGCAAUUAAUAAUACAUCAAUAUAAAUAUUGUGCAAUGCAACUUACAUGCAGAGAAAUGCAGAACAGAAAGUGCCGCUACAAUGAUACAGGUACUCUUUCUGGUACUUAUCUAAUGCAUAUUUUUGUAAAUAUCAUGAGUAGGAAUGCACAGUACAAUAAUUUGACAUAUAAUAAUGAAAUUUUAAUUAUCAAAAAAAAAAUAAAAAUAAAAAGA